CUCCCUGGUCUCCCUGGUCUCCCUGGCCCCGUGGUUUGGAGACCCAAUGUUGCCUCAUAAGGAACCAGACAGACUGAGACAAAGCACUCCCUGAAUGAGUGGUGCACAAGACAAGGAAACCAAAAGACUGAGGACAGCCCCCUACUGGACCCUCCUGGUAUAACAGAUUUCAGCAGAUCUCAGCAGUCGGACUGUUGCCAUGUCGACCUCAUCGCUACGGCGACAAGUGAAGAACAUCGUCCAUAACUAUUCAGAGGCUGAAAUCAAGGUGAGAGAGGCCACGUCCAAUGACCCCUGGGGGCCCAGCAGCUCCCUGAUGUCAGAGAUCGCUGACCUCACCUACAAUGUUGUGGCUUUCUCAGAAAUCAUGAGCAUGGUCUGGAAACGUCUGAACGACCACGGGAAGAACUGGAGACACGUGUACAAGGCCAUGACUCUGAUGGAGUAUUUAAUCAAGACCGGUUCAGAACGUGUGGCUCAACAGUGCAGAGAAAACAUUUACGCGGUCCAAACCCUCAAGGAUUUCCAGUACAUAGACAGGGACGGGAAAGACCAGGGAGUCAACGUGAGAGAGAAGGCCAAGCAGCUGGUGACACUGUUGAAGGACGAGGAGCGGCUCAGAGAGGAGAGGAUCCACGCCCUCAAAACCAAAGAGAAGAUGGCACAGACCUCCAGUGCCUCCUCGGCUCCGUCAGCCCCCAGCCUGGGCGGCAGCCUGUCUGUGGGCUCCCACUCAGGAGGAGCAGACCCUGAGCAGGCCUGGCCUCAGAGCUCUGGAGAAGAAGACCUGCAGCUGCAGUUGGCUCUGGCCAUGAGUAAAGAAGAGGCCGAGCAGAAUAGAAAGGACCCCCUGGAGGACGCAGAGUACCGCUACGCAAUCACACUGAGCAGAGAGGUGCAGCAGCAGGAGGAGCGACUGCGGCGAGGCGACGACCUGAGGCUGCAGAUGGCCAUCGAAGAGAGUAAAAGGGAGAAGAAGUCCAAAGCAGAAGAGGGCGCUCUGAUGGAGCUGGGGGCCGUGGACCCCUGGGGGCCACCUGCCGCCCCCGCUCUGGGCUCCGCAGGGCCCUCGCCCCCACCUACACUUCCUGUCCCCGCCGCCUCUGGUCCGUGGGGGGCAGCGCCUUCAGAUCCGUGGAGCGUGGCGUCACCGACGUCCCCCACCAGCUCGGACCCCUGGGGUGGAGGAGCCCCGCCUUCUAUAGCUCCUCCCCCUCCUCCUCCUGACCCAUGGGGGGACACGUCCAACAAAGUUAACAACGUGGACCCCUGGGGAAGCUCAGCUGUGACCUCCCCUGCUGCUGACCCCUGGGGCCCCCCCGUUCCUCCCAGUACUUCUUCCUCAGGGGGGCCAGUAGACCCCUGGGCCAGAGACGGCCCUGUCCCGUCCUCUGACACUGUGUCCUCUGACAUCUGGAGUGGCAGCAGCAAACAAACGAAUGGAACAGGAGACCCAGAGAGACGAGGGUCGUUGGUGACGGGCUGCGACGGCACAGCUUCCCCGGUGCCCUUUGACCUGUCGUCUCUGGGCUCGUCCCUUCCUGUUAGAAAAACACCAGAGUCCUUCCUCGGUCCAAACGCGGCCCUGGUGGACCUGGACUCCUUGGUGUCGUCUAAACCCAGACCCAAACAGGCUCCGCCCCCUUCGCUCUCUUCUUCUUCAGGACACAACCCUUUCCUCCAGAACACAGGCUCCUCUCCGGCUCCUGCUGUGGCAGUGACUCCAGGCAGCAGCAUCUCCAGUCGAGGGGUCUCCCCCACGCCCGCCUCCACCAACCCGUUUGGAGUGGCCCCGCCCAUGACCUCCAUCUCACCUCAGCCCUCCUCUCUCUGCCUGAGCAGCCUGCGCACGAGUCCCGUGCCCCCCAACCCCAUGCUGGGCAUGGUGCAGCCAGGAAUGGGCCUGGGGUCAGUGGGGUCAGUGGGGUCAGUGGGGGUGGGUAUGGGGGCUCCUGGGAUGGGCCUGGGGAUGAUGCAGCCCAGUCCCAUGGCCAUGUCCUACAGCGGUCUCUCACCCAUGGCGCCCCCAGGCCCGGGCCUGUUGGGGUCCGGGGGUGCAGCGCCUCCUCAGCUGAUUUUGGGGGGGGCGACCGGACCUGGAGGAGUAAUGGGUGCCGGGGGGUCGGUGGGAGGCGGAGGAACGACGGGAGCGAGCACCAACCCUUUUCUUCUCUGAGGAAGUGUCCCCCUCCUCUGUCGUACCUGCCCCCCCCCCCCCUGUUCUCUCCUCUCAACUCAACUUGUGUCAAAAAAACUUCCACAUCUCUAUAUUUCAAAAAAAAAAAAAAAAA